GAUAUCGCACACCCGGCCAUGGACGGAUGCCCUGAGAGAGUACCCGAGCGAAGCAGUCUGACGAGCGCAUUUUUUGGCGACACAGUCAACAGUCGACCCCUCUCUCUCCUCUCCUCCGUCGUUGCUCAGUACCACGAGCCAUGGCCGUAGAUGUGGUACCCCCAGAGCAGCGCAAGACCGUCUUUGUGGUCGGUCUUGGCAUGGUCGGCAUUGCUUUUAUUGAAAAGCUGCUCAAUCUCGAUACUCGGAUGAAGUACAAGGUGGUGACAUGCGGAGAGGAGAUGCACCUGGCAUACAACCGAGUCGCUCUGACUGACUACUUCCAACACCGCAACGUCGAGAAGCUGUACCUCAAUCAACCGGACUGGUAUGCGGCACAAGAUCCAUCCCGCUUCCAGUUCCAUGUCGGCGAAGCGGCCAUCUCUAUUGAUACCCAGGGACACACAGUGACUACAGACAAGGGCAGAACAAUACCGUACGACAUGUGUGUCCUCGCCACCGGCUCCGACGCCACUCUACCGAGUUUUGUGAACUCUUCCGUCAAAGGCAUCUUCGUGUACCGCAAUAUCUCGGAUCUCAACAAACUCCUUGAAUAUUCCCAGACGGACACCGUGAAAGGGCAGCCCGCAGCAGUCGUUGGCGGAGGCCUGCUCGGCUUGGAGGCCGCCAAAGCCCUAUACGACCUCGAGGAAGUCGGAACCGUCUCCAUCAUUCACCGCCAAACGUACCCGCUCUCUCGUCAGCUGGACGCAGCGGGCGGCGAGAUCGUCCUGCGUCGUAUCGAGGCGCUCGGCGUCCAGGUCCUCGGCAACGUCUCGCCCAAGUCCAUCACGACCGAGACCGCAGACGGCGAGGAGGUGCUCACGGGCGUAGAGCUCGGCAACGGCACCGUCGUGCCCUGCCGCAUCGCGGUCUUCUCCGUCGGCAUCCGCCCGCGCGACGAGCUCGCGAUCGCGGCGGGCAUCGCGUGCGAGGGAGACAACGCCGGGGGCCGCGGCGUCGUCGUCGACGACCUCCUGCAGACGAGCGCGCCGGACGUGUACGCGAUCGGCGAGUGCGCGUCGUGGCAGGGCCAGACGUACGGGCUCAUCGCGCCCGGCAUCGAGAUGGCGGACAUCCUCUCGUUCAACCUCACGCAGACCGCAACCGCGGUCGGCGGGUUCGCGCCGCGGAAGAUGAACAAUCCGGACCUGUCGACGAAGCUCAAGCUCGUCGGCGUCGACGUCGCGUCCUUCGGCGACUACUUCGCAGACCGGCGCCAAGCGGAGGACGGCCCGUCGCCCCGGAGCACGGCGUACAGCGUCCGCAAGCCCGCGCCUGCGACGAGCGCGCCGCUCUCGCACGACCAGCGCGACCCGUUCAAGGGCAAGGUCUGGGAGGUCAAGGAGAGCGCCGCGGAGCCCGUCAGCGCGGCGCCGACGCUCACUGUCACGGCGCCGGCAGACGACGCCUCGUCGGUGCAGAACGGCUCAGGGGUGGAUGGGAAGGAGAAUGGGGAGGUGCAGAGGCGCGCGGACGCGUCCGCGCCCAGGAAGAGGCACGGACACGCUGCGGCCACGGAGGGCCCCGUCGAGACGCUGACGUACCGCGACCCGUUCGGGGGCGUGUACAAAAAGUACAUCUUCAGCGCGGACGGGAAGUACAUCCUCGGCGGCAUGAUGGUCGGCGACACGAACGACUACGUCAAGCUCCUGGCGCUGGUCAAGAAGAAGAAACCACUUGAGGUCCCGCCGUCGCAGUUCAUCGCCGGGUCUGGCGGCGGCGACGAUUCGGGCGAAGAUCUGGACGACGACACCCAAAUUUGCAGCUGCCAUAACGUAACAAAGGGUCAACUGGCGGCUUGCGUGAAGAAUGGUGUCGACUCCCUGAACGACAUCAAGCAAAAGACAAAGGCCGGCACCGGAUGUGGCGGGUGCAUGCCGCUCGUAACAAACAUCUUCAAGUCGGAGAUGCGCAAGAGCGGACUGGAGGUCAGCAACAAUCUCUGCCCACACUUUGCCAUGACGCGCGCAGAGCUGUUCAACGUCGUCAAAAUCAAAAAGCUCAAGACCUUCACCGAGAUCAUGGCAUCGUCCGGCGUCAACAAAGACGCCGUCGGCUGCGAGAUUUGCAAGCCUGCAGUUGGUAGCAUACUUGCAUCGCUGUAUAACGAGCACAUCAUGAACCCAGUGCACCAUGCGAACCAAGACACGAACGACCGGUUCAUGGCCAACAUCCAGCGGAACGGCACCUUCUCCAUCAUCCCGCGCAUCGCGGCCGGCGAGAUCACGCCAGACAAGCUGAUCGUGCUCGGCCAGGUCGCGAAGAAGUAUGGCCUCUACACGAAGAUCACCGGCGGCCAGCGCAUCGACCUCUUUGGCGCGCAGAAGGCGGACCUUCCCUCCAUCUGGAAGGAGCUCGUCGACGCCGGGUUUGAGAGCGGCCACGGGUAUGGAAAGGCGCUCCGCACGGUCAAGUCGUGUGUCGUGGCGAUUGCCCUCGAGGAGCGGUACAAGGGUAUCCGCGCGCCGCACAAGUUCAAGGGCGGCGUCAGCGGAUGCGGAAGGACUUUUGGUCUCAUCGCAACUGACAAGGGAUGGAACAUCUUCAUCUGCGGGAACGGCGGCGCGAACCCGCGACAUGCCACGCUUUUUGCGACGGACGUCCCACCGUCGCACGCGAUACGCAUCGUCGACCGCUUCCUCAUGUACUACAUCCGCACCGCGGACAAGCUCAUGCGCACUGCGCGGUGGGUGGAGCAGAUGGACGGCGGGAUCGAGAGGCUGAAGAAGAUCCUUCUCGAAGACGAGUUGGGUAUCUGCGCGGACCUGGAGCGCGAGAUGGACGAGCUCGUGGGGACGUACUACGACGAAUGGGCCAUUGUCGCGAACGACCCCGAGCGCCAAAAGCAGUUCAGGCAGUUCGUGAACACGCCACAACGCGUGCAGACAGUAGAACCUGUCGUGGAGCGUGGACAACCGCGUCCGGCAGACUGGGCGAAGACGAGUCCGGCUGUGCACCUCAAAGCGAGCGACAUCCCGGCGCCGAAGGAGACGUGGCAAUGGCGCAAGCUCGCGAGAGUGGAUGACUUGACACCCACCGAUGCUGGCACAACGUCUGCUGCCGUCAAGUAUGGCGAAAGUCAGCUGGCCAUCUUCCAUGUGCCAAGGCGAGGCUAUUUCUGCACGCAACAAAUGUGCCCGCACAAGCGCGCCUUCGUCCUGGAGCACGGCUUGAUCGGGGACGAUCCUAACACCGGCAAUCUCUAUAUCUCUUGCCCGAUGCACAAGCGGAACUUCUCUCUGACAUCGGGUGCCUGUUUGAACGACGACAACUACAGCAUCAUUGCGUUUGACGUCCGCGUUGAAGACGACGAAAUAAGCGUGCUCCUACCAGAAGAGAAGGACCUCGACGCCGUCAUUGCGACGCACCGUUGGAUGGUUAAGCGCGACACCGCACAGGCGCUCGACGGCGACGCGCGUACGAAAGAGAGCAGUGCCGUGGAGAUCGUCGGUCCCAAGGACGAGGUGGUCGGCGCUGGGUGUGAGUCAGCAUGUGGAGAUAGCAAGUUGGAGUGGUGAAUGACUCAAGCGAGUGGCGGAUAUUGUUACUCCAUCUUAGAGGUUGUUAAUCUCGCAAAGUUGCUAAAGCCGGUGGACUGGGGAUUUUCCCGUACUUUGUAUAUGUAUCGCUACCAGAUUUUUGAGACUAGAGUAAUUUGGCCAUGUAAAGAAGAUAAAAUUUAGCAAGGAAGAUUACAAUACCGUGACUAGUAAUGAACUUUCCUAGCUUUUG